AUGACUUCACCCAUUUCUUCCUCUACCACUCCUACUUUUCCGUCUCUUUCCUCAACCACCAAAACCCUACUGUCUUCAGCCUUUGUUACCACAAGCACACCGCCUUCCACUGUUAUUGCUACUGCUUCCACAAUACCCUAUUCCCGAUCAACUACAAACCCAACAGAAUUCUCUACAGCAUUUAUUUCUAAUUCACCUUCAUCAGUUAGUGGAAUCUGCAGUGUAUCAGGUGAUCCUCACUACAACACAUUUGAUGGUGGAGUACACCAUUAUAUGGGCAACUGCACUUACACUCUCACUAAGCCAUGUGAUGAUUUGUCCAGUGGAUUACCCUAUUUCCAUGUCUAUGCCACAAAUGAACAUCGGGGCUCCAACAACAAAGUUUCAUAUAUCCGGUCUGUGCAUGUAGAAGUGUACAACACUAACUUCACUCUGCUAAAGAGUAAACAGCUAAAUGUGAAUGGGAAGAGAACAAAUCUACCAACUCCUCCUAAUAAUAGAUUCAGGGUCCAUCUUAGUGGUAAUUACAUGAUUUUGGCAACAGAUUUUGGACUGCAAGUGAGAUUUGAUGGCAACCACUAUGUUGAUGUUUCUUUGCCAUCAACCUUCAAGAAUCAUUUGUGUGGAUUGUGUGGCAAUUACAACGACGUUUCAUCAGAUGACUUUUUGAAGCCAGAUGGAACUUUUGCUGAUGAUUCUAGAGAACUUGGGGAAAGUUGGAUAGUUCUGCAAGAUGGUCAAUUGUGUGAAAGUGAAGACCUGGCUGGUUGUAAUCCUGAUGACCGUCAGAAGUACAGCAAGAUUACAGCUUGUGGCAUUAUAAUUGACCGAUUAGGAGUCUUCAAGGACUGUCAUGCUCUGGUAAAUCCUAGUAACUUCUUUGACAACUGUAUACUAGAUAUGUGCUUCACUCAGGGCGAGUCAACUUCCCUCUGCUAUGCUGUGCAGGCAUAUGCCCAGCAGUGCUCAAAUGCCGGCGUGUGUGUAGAAUGGAGAUCAGACACUUUCUGCCUAGCGUCAUGCGAGUCUAAGUCAGUAGAAGGCUGUUUCUGUGAUGACGGCUAUUUCCUCAGUGGAGACAAAUGUGUGCCUCAGAGUGAAUGUGGCUGCACUGAUGAGCAUAACAACUCUUACCAGCUUGGAGAAAGUUGGUUCACCUAUGAAAACUGCACUCAGCGCUGUACAUGCAACAAGAAUAAUGUCAUCACAUGUAGCGAAUGGCAAUGUGGAUCACAAGAGCAAUGCAGGAUGGAUGAGGGAGUGCUGGGCUGUCAUUCCUCUGGAAUUGCAGCUUGCCAUGUUUCUGGAGAUCCCCAUUUCUACACAUUUGAUAAGGUCAUGCACACUUUCAUGGGUACUUGUACUUACACACUGGUGGAUGUAUGUGACAAGAGAAGUAUCAUACCUCUCACCAUCAAAGGGAAAACAGAGGACCGAGGGCAACGAGCUGCAACAUAUCUCAAAGAAGUUUAUAUUGAUGUGUAUGGCAUUCGUAUUACACUGCAGAAAGAUAGGAGAACUCUGGUGGGUGAUACUCUCAUCCAUACACCAUGGACUGGACAUUUGGCUGGGGUUUCUGUUGUCACUGUUGGUCUGUACACUGUGGUGACCACUGACUUUGGAAUGAUAGUGAAGUUUGAUGGUAAUCACCACUUGGAAAUCGUCCUCCCAGAGUCAUACUAUGAAAAGGUAUGUGGUAUGUGCGGCAAUUUCAACGGCAGAAAGGAUGAUGAGUUCCUCAUGUCAAACUCACUGCAGGCUUCUAGUGUAACGGAAUUUGGAAACAGCUGGAAGUCUGAGGAAGACAGCGAUAAAAAGUGCUUGGAUGAUGACAGAGUGGAUCUCAGCCCACCAUGUACUGCAGCCCAGAGGCCAUCUAUAGAAAGUCAGUGCAGUGGACUUCUGUCAGACACCUACAGACCUUGUCAUCAACUAGUUGAUCCACAGCUGUUUAUUCAGUCUUGCGUGUAUGACAUGUGCAGAUAUGACAGCAUGAUUUCCACGAUGUGUGCUAUAUUCCAAGCCUAUGUAGAUGUCUGCAGAACACAAGGAGUAAAGAUUAAAUGGAGAAGUCCAUCAUUCUGCCCCCUGUCAUGUCCAAUACAGAGCCACUACACAGACUGUGCAUCUCUCUGCCCACCUACCUGCAAUAAUAUCUAUGCUCCCGAUGUGUGUAAUAAGCCACCUGCAUGCAUGGAAGGUUGUGUCUGUGAUGAUGGAUAUGUACUUAGUGGGGACCAAUGUGUUCCACUCAGUUCAUGUGGUUGCAGAGAUUCCAAUGAUAACUAUUAUCAGAUUUAUGAAAGCUGGAUCACACCUCACUGCACACAUAAAUGUGAAUGUAACAAGGGCAAUGAAAUCAAAUGUAAAUCCUUUAGCUGUCCUUAUGGAAUCUGCAGUGUGGACAAAAAUGGCAAAUACAUCUGCAAACCAACAGGUUAUUCUAAAUGCACCAUCGGAGGUGAUCCACAUUAUUACACCUUUGAUCGCCUAAACCAUCACUUCCAGGGCAAGGGUACUUACAUGCUGACACGGACGUCUUCUGCUCUGCCGGACUAUUUGGAAUCAUUUACUAUUGAAGGAAAAAAUGAGGCUAUGUUCUUAUAUAGUAAAUUUAGUUUACUGAAGGAGCUGCAUAUUAAAGUUUAUAAUCAUGUCAUAUCAUUCAGACAAAACAAGAUAUUAGUGCUGAAUGGUGUAAGAACAUUACCUCCUGCCCAUCCACAUGAUGGAAUAAGCAUCUACCAGAAGCCAACAAGAAUCUACCUGGAAACAGAUUUUGGCCUUUCUAUCAGCUUUGAUGGCAAUGAAAAUGCUGAUGAUCUUUAA